AGAGUGUGAAUGAAUUCUUGUUUUAGACAUUUAACACUGUGGAGUUAUGAAUAUGCUGAUCUUAUUUCACAUAUUGUCGUUAUUAUAUUGUAUUUAAAAGAAUCGCAUAUGGUGUUUUGGGAUAAUACGAUAAAAGCGUAUUUCGUGUUUUAUAUUAUCAAUCUUUUUAUUUGGGUGAUUCCAUUAAUGUCAGUGUGUUUACGAAGUAAAGAAGAGAAAAAGAUAAUGAUAAUGAUACCAGCUAUUCAUUGUAUUAUUAUUGAUGUUAUUACAGAUAUUCCAAUGUUUCUGAUUACAAUGAUCAAACGUACAUAUGUUAAUAAUAUUUAUAUAUGUUUUGAUAUAGCAGUGAAAUUUAUUGUGUUUGCCCGUUGUGUUGUUUGGAUACCUUAUCAUCUUUAUCAUGAUGCUUUAAGUUCGAGAUAUAUUUCAGCUUGA